AUGUCGAUCUCCACAGACUUCGCAGAUCUCAGGGACAAAGUCGUUGUACUGACUGGUGGCGCUAGCGGCAUCGGCGCUUCUACCGUCCGCCUCUUUCAUUCUCACGGCGCCCAUGUCGUCUUUGGUGACCUCGCCCUCGAAGCUGGCUCCGCUCUUGUAGCGAGCCUCUCUACAUCUUCACCGACCUCGUCCGCCUCGCCCAAAGUAACCUUCGUACCAACAAACACUGCCAUCCACGCCGAUGUGGUACGCCUGUUCAAGACCGCGCUCGCGCUUCAUGGCCGCGUCGACCAUGCUGUCGCCUGCGCGGGCGUCCUCACUCCCGGCGCCGAUUUCUUCGCGCUGGAUCAGAACGUUAAGAGUGUGGAGCUGAACGAACCGGACACGACCACGCUCGAUGUCAAUCUGAAAGGGAGCAUGUAUUUUGCUAGGGUUGCGUUGGUGUAUCUACGGCACGUUCCCGCUCAAGAGAACGCUGAUCCAGCGGAGGUGCAGCGCGAUGGGAAUGACGGAAGGAGACUCGAGGGCGCAGAGAUCGAUAGAUCCCUCACCCUUAUCGCCUCCGACAUGCCCUUCAUCGGCGUCGCGCAAGCGCCGGUGUACCAGGUCAGCAAGAUGGGCGUGCUGGAGCUGAUGCGUGUCCUGCGGCCGCUCUUCCAGUCUCCGUUGUCUGGUCAAUGUCUCUCGCCUAACGGACAGGGUGAAAGGAGGCCGAAGAUCCAGAUUCGCGUCAAUGCCGUCUGUCCAUCUCUCGCGGCUACGCCUAUGGUUGGUGGGCUAAGUGAAGCAUGGCAGGGAGCUGGCUUGCCUAUCAACACGCCGGAGAUGGUUGGGCAGGUGAUUUUGGGACUUGCUGCAUGCCCAGAGUCAGCAGUCGGUGGAGGGAAUACGAAGAAGGCGCAUGGUAUGGCUCUUGAAGUCGUUGGUGGUGAAGCUUGGGAUAUUGAAGAAGGUUUGGAAAGUAGUAUGGGAACGUGGCUAGGCGAGCGUGGAAGGCAGACAGUACUAGGGGCAAGGCAGCUUUUCAAAGGGAUGGGUGAGCGCGUAUGGGAAGCCCCAUAA